CUGUUUCUGUAUUUAGUCCUCCGCGGCACCGCACGUUUGAAUAGUUUGAUAAAUUACAUAAAAAUCACUGAAAAUUUGAACAGAAAUUAUGGCUCUGCGAUUGCUUAGCCAAACACUGGCCGGGCAUAUGCGCCGCUUGCAAUUGAACACCGCAAGAAGCUCUUUAAAUAGCUAUAACAGCCGGCUCCAGUCGAUUCCACUGCGCUCAUGGAGGUUGGAUCAAAGCCGGCUGCUGCACGUGCGUAUUACGGAUCAGGAAGCCGGUCUGCAAGCUAAGCGUGAGGCCAAUAGGCAAGACAAUUCAUUCCAAGAUGAAUCGUAUGUGGAAGGUGAUGCGGAUGCUCCAAAGCAGGUCAAGAAAUUCAAGACGGUGGAAAAAAGGAAGGAAAAGAAACCGAGAAAUGUACUAGAGUACGGGGAUCCGGAUACCUUUGGCGAUGCCAAGACUAGUGCUAGUCAAUCCGAAGAUCCCGGCGACGUGGAAGAGGAGGAAUACAUAAGCAAACCCACGCGACAUUCGAAGAAACUGCAAACGAAGGAAUACGCGCAUCUUAUCAAGGAGCAUUUGAACGCAGGCCGGCUGAACGAUGCCAUUGCCGUGCUGGAGCAGCGUAUGCUGCGAGAGGAUCGCGUCAAGCCAGAGAAGUACAUAUACAAUCUGCUGAUCAGCGGCUGCGCCAAGGCCGGCUACACCCGCAAGGCGUUCUCCCUGUACACGAAGAUGCGACAGCGCGGCCUGAACGUUUCGGGCGGAACCUAUACCUCGCUCUUCAAUGCGUGUGCCAAUGCGCCAUCCAUCAGCGAUGGACUGGCCAAGGCUCAGAUCCUGCGGGAGAAUAUGCUGGAGAAGGGCUACGAGCCAAAUGCGAAAAAUUACAACGCCAUGAUCAAGGCCUAUGGAAGGUGCGGAGAUGUGGACACAGCCUACCUGCUGGCGGAUGAGAUGGUGGAGCGCAAGCUGGACAUGAAUGCAGAGACGUUCAACUUCCUGCUGCAGGCGUGUGCCAGCAAUCCGGAGCACGGCUUUCGGCACGCUCUCCUCACGUGGCACAAAAUGUUGCGGACAGGCAUCAGCCCGGACUACUACAGCUUCAAUGUUAUGCUCCGCUGUGCACGGGACUGUGGCUUUGGCACUUUGGAGUCCAUGCGGGAGGUUCUAGACCAGAUCGCACCAAGAGCAACCAAACAGGAGGCAGCUCCCCAGCUGGUGGCGGGAGAACAGGAAGAUUUAGCCAUGGAAUCAUCGAGCGCCUCGUCGUUGGCUGACCACAUCGAAGUGGCGACGACUGCUAGUGAGCUGGAACUGCCCAAUCUGCUGCUGCCGCGCCCACACCUGGGCAGUCUGGUGGCCCUGGAGGAGGUGACGCGUCCCCAUGAGCGUUUCCUCUUGCUGGGCGGCAUCACGGGAUUUCUGGAGCACAUGAAACAGCACAAGAUCACCCCCAAUAUACAGACCUUCACCACCAUGCUGGAGGUGGUCCCGCCCACCAAUUCGGCUGAGAAGCAGCUGCUCACAUUCGUGCGCAAGAUUGGACUCAAGGCAGACAUUGACUUCUUCAAUAUACUGAUCAAGAAGCGCUCGAUGCGCUUUGACUACGACAGUGCCCGCGAGGUUCUCUCCAUGAUACGCACGGCAGGAUUGCAUCCGGAUAUCGUCACCUAUGGCGUGCUGGCCCUUGGCUGCCGAACCCAGGAUGAAGCCAGGGAACUGUUGCUGCAAAUGCAGGAGGCAGGCAUCAAGAUGAACAUGCCCAUACUGGGGGCCAUGUUGCGGCAGGGCUGCGCCCAAAAGUCCUUCGGCUACAUCAAUGAAAUCAUGCAACUGAGCCUGGAAGAAGGCGUCAAGCCGAACGAGCCGUUCCUCCGGCAUCUGCACAACUUUCACAGAGGAUGCGCCCGUGCUAUCGACGCCAGGCACCCUUCGACCAAAACGCCCAACUUCAAGAAGGGACACUCGAAAUUCUGUGAUAAGUACCGCCUGUACUACGAAGAGCAGGGCCUGACUGGCCUUCAGCUGGAGGAUGCCAUUGCCAAGAUAAAGGUGCGCCCCUAUGCCAAGUACAAGGAGGCAUCCGUGGAUGGUCUGGAACCACUCAAGCACGAGCAGGUCAAACGCAAAACAAAGCUGAGGAAAUAUAUUAAAAAAAUCAAGAUCGAUGAGCUGCAGGAUGAUCCGCCCAGAGAGUCCCUCAGGAGGAUAGAAUAGGUUUACGAUUUAAGUUUUAUUAAAGAUUAUUUUUGUUAGCCAA